GCUACAGCUCGAGUUCGAAAUUCAGACACGUUCCGCGGUACCUUCCCACGCAGAAGCUCGAGGCUGGUCGAAAGUUGCCUCUUCAACCCUUUGCUCACCUUUCACCUCUCCCCAUCUCCCCUUUCUUUAUUCCUCUCGGUUGCACACCGGCCCAUCGGGGAACUUACCACACCGCCGUCACCGCCCACUAUGGUCCGCCUAAGGGAGAUCCCCCGAACGGCCACCUUUGCGUGGUCGCCUGGCCCGUCGGCGCCAUUGAUUGCUACGGGAACGAAGGCCGGGGCUGUGGAUGCGGAUUUCUCGAACGAGACGUCGUUGGAGCUUUGGGAACUUGACCUCGACAACUCUAGCCAGGAUAUUGAGCUUCAGCCAGUUGCGUCUGUUAGCGUCGAUUCGAGGUUCAAUGAUAUUGCUUGGAGUCUGCCGAGCGAGAAGUAUCCCAAGGGAAUAAUAGCGGGUGCUCUGGAUAGUGGCGCAUUAGUACUCUGGGAUGCGGAGAAGUUGCGGGCAGGCGAGAGCGAGGCUCGCAUUGAAGAGAUCGACAAGCACACUGGUCCCAUCCAAGCCAUCCAAUUCAACCCCUUCCGCCCCAACAUCCUCGCCUCGGCUGGUGCCAAAGGGGAGCUGUACAUCCACGAUCUUGAGGAUCCGGGCAAGUCUUUCCGACUGGGCAAGGCUGGAGCGAAUCCGGAUGAGUACACGUCGUUGGACUGGAAUAAGAGGGUUGCGCAUAUCCUCGCUACGGGAAGCAGUGGGGGCUUCGUUACUGUCUGGGAUGUGAAGGGGAAGAAGGAGAACCUCACUCUAAACAACUAUGGCAGGAAGACCGUCAGCGCGGUGUCUUGGGAUCCUGAUCUGCCUACAAGGCUGAUUACUGCGGUACCUACUGAUCAGAGUCCGCUUGUCCUGGUUUGGGAUCUUAGGAACUCCAACGCCCCCGAGAAGACACUGCAAGGUCAUGAUCAAGGCGUGUUGUCGCUCUCUUGGUGUACACAAGAUAGCGACAUAUUGAUUUCUUGCGGUAAGGAUAACCGGACCAUUGCGUGGAACCCGCACACUGGCGAGUCGCUUGGAGAGUUUCCUGUCGUCACCAACUGGACCUUCCUGACCAGGUUCAAUCCGUCCAACCCGAAUCUACUGGCCACCGCCUCGUUCGAUGGCAAGAUUGCUAUCCAGACGCUACAAAACACCGGCGGCGCUGCAGACCAGGCGAAGUCGACGUCUCAAGCAUUGGACGGCGAGGACUUCUUCUCAAAGACUCAUGUGGAACCCCAAGGCGCCUCCUUCUCCCUUCCAAAUCCUCCCAAGUGGCUCAAACGACGGGCUGGUGUAUCGUUCGGUUUCGGUGGCAAGUUGGUGCGGUUCGGUAUUACCAAGGAUAAGAAGUCGAGGAUCAGCAUAUCGACGUUCGCCGUUGACUCUGAGAUUGGAGAGGCUAGCGAAGCCUUCAACAAGAAGCUGGAAGAGGGCAAUCUUGCCUCUCUCUGCGAGGAGAAGAUCUCCAAGGCGGCUACCGAGGAAGAGAAGGCAGACUGGACGGUCAUUGAGACAUUGAUCUCGGAGAAUCCUCGCCGGAAACUCGUGGACUACCUUGGUUUUUCCGAUCAGAAGGACUAUGAACCGGCCGAAGCGGCCAAAGAUGAGUCGGCUGAGAAGAAAGGGACGGCCGACGAAGGUGCCUCGUUUUUUGAUGGAGGCGGUGCCGGGGAUAAUAUCCUUUCGGACCUGGCCGCAUCGAAGGGUGUCAAGACCAACAACCCGUUCCAGAUCUACACUGGAUCUGAAUCGGAUGCAGACAAGAAGAUUACUCGUGCUCUCAUGUUAGGCAACUUCGAUGCUGCGCUAGACGUUGCUCUCAAGGAGGACAGGCUGUCGGACGCCUUUAUGAUUGCCAUCUGUGGAGGCGAGAAGAGCAUCGCCAAAGCUCAAGCUGCUUACUUCAAGCAACGCUCAGAUGGUCCGAACUAUUUGCGACUUCUGGCUUCCGUUGUCGGCAAGAACCUUUGGGAUGUUGUGCAUAAUGCGGAUCUGAAGGACUGGAAGGAAGUCAUGGCUACCAUAUGCACCUUCGCUGACCAAUCUGAAUUCUCGGAUCUCUGCGAGGCUCUUGGUGAUCGCUUAGAAGAAGCGGUUGAGAGUGGCGACAAGUCUCUGCGCAAGGAUGCUUCCUUCUGCUACUUGGCUGGUUCUAAGUUGGAAAAGGUCGUUGUCAACUGGGCACAGGAGCUACAAGAGAAUGAGGCAACUAGCAUUGAGCAGUCCAAGGGUGAUAACAGCUUCUCUAUCCACGCGCGGUCGCUGCAGGACUUUAUCGAAAAGGUCACUGUCUUCAGGCAGGUUACCGGAUUCAAGGACGCGGAUCACGACAAAGACGCCGAUUGGAAGCUUGAGCCGCUGUACUCGAAGUAUAUUGAGUACGCUGAUAUCGCCUCCGCACAUGGACAACUGUAUAUCGCGGAAAAGUAUCUUGACCUUCUUCCCGAGAAGUACCCCGCCGCCGAUGUAUCCAGGAACCGCGUCAAGCAGGCCACGAGGAAAGCCCCUAUUCAGACUACAACGAGCCAGAGGCAGGCGCCUGCUACUGCGGCUCAACGACAGACACGCGUUGUCCCUACAUAUCAACCCGUACAGACAGCACCGGCUCCGUUGCAGCAGCAGACGAGCUCGCCCUAUGCUCCGCCAAACCCUCUUGCAGCACAGCCGCCUGCACCUGCACGAAGCGCCUACACUCCAGCUGGAUAUCAACCUCCUAGCAUCCCUCAGCCAGGAUAUGGUGGGUACCCAGCACCACAGCAACAUCAACCUCUUGCUCCUCCUCCGCGCAACUUUUCAAGCUCGCCAUCUGUACCUCCCGCGACCAACAGGGCCAAUAUCCCCAACUGGAAUGACACCCCUGACUUUGGCCCACCAAAGCCGGCAUCCCGGAGAGGCACUCCAGGUGCCGCAAAUGCGAUAACUUCCCCCUUUCCCAACCAGCCAGGCUUCGCUGCGCCAUCUCAGGGUCCUCCGCCAGCGGGAAUGUCGCCAACCUAUCCUCCUGCAUCUCGACCAACACCGCCUCCCCCGCCUAAGGGACCUCCUCAAGGCCCGCCCAGGGUGACUUCACCACCCUCUGUCCCUCAUCAUCACGAGCCUCGGCCCUCCUCGGCCGCUGCGAAUGCAUAUGCUCCACCACAACCCAGCGCAUAUGCUCCACCGCAGACCUCCAGUCCGUACGCUCCGCCUCAAUCAAGCAGUACCUAUGCUCCACCGCAGCCAACUGGCUUUGCUCCACCACAGCAACCGGUCAUCCCCCGUGGAACGUCUCCCUACAAUCCGCCGCCAGCUGCAGCACCUCCCUCUAACCGGUACGCUCCCGCUCCCGGCACGACGCCAUCCGUAGCUCAGGGCGCAAUGCCCCCACCCCGUCAGGUAGCACCUCCUCCCGCUAGCGCCUAUGCACCGGCUGCCACUCCGGCGGCACCAGCUCCCCCAGCAGGCUUUGCUCGACCUCCGCCGCAAGGACCCCCUCAAGGGCCGCCUCGAGCUGGACCUCCUCAGGGCGGACCUCCCAGUGCGUCUGCUGCGCCUUCGUCGCGUCCUGGAACGGCGCAGUCGCAGAAGGCGGUUUCUAAAUAUCCUCCCGGAGAUCGUAGCCAUAUCCCAGAGUCUGCCCGCCCAAUCUUCGAGAUCCUCAAUGCGGACAUGCAGCGGGUGAAGGCACGUGCGCCAGCACAGUACAAGCAGCAUGUUGCCGAUACGGAGAAGAGGUUGAAUAUCUUGUUCGACCACCUGAACAAUGAAGACCUGCUGAAGCCGGACACGGUCGAGGAGAUGAAGGAGUUGGCGUAUUUCUUGCAGGGCAGAGACUAUGACCAGGCGACUGCAUUGUUUACGGACUUGAUGACGAAUAAGACGGAAGAGGGGAGCAACUGGAUGGUUGGUGUGAAGCGAUUGAUUCAAUUCAGCAAGAGCACACCUUGAACGGUGGGGUCUAUGGAUGUCGGAUGCGGGUGAAUGGAUUUGUUGACGUUCUGUGAAGAGAGCGAGCGAGUUGCAGAGCCAGAGAGAAAUAGAGCCUAUGUUUACUGAUUCUAUGGUUUUUAAAAAAUCGAAAAUCAAUUAUUUCUGCAGUUCUACA